AUGUUUGAUAGUGAGUUUGUUGUGACAGUCGCUGAUCUCUUGGUAAGACGACUCAAUCAAAAAUUGUUUCGUCAAUGGGUCGUCCACGACAAAGUUUUAGACAAGAAGACAACCUCCACGUUUAGCACUUACAGAAUUCGCGCAGUUAUUAUUCCUUAUUUCAUGUUGUCAGACCAUGCUUUACUGGGUCACGUCAUAAGCAAAACUGUUGUUGUAGACGAGUUUGAAUGUCAGCUGAAAUGUAUGGGGAGUGAUAGUUGCAAGUCGUGCAAUAUUCAUCCAAGAGACGGUUACGUAAGCCGAAUUUGCGAGCUGAACAACAAAACCAGGCAGAUGAAGCCACGUGAUUUUCAACUGAAGAAAGGAUCAAACUACUAUGGCUACACACGGGCCUCCUGCAUGGAUGUUCCCUCUAAAAGGAAUGAACAAAGUGAGAAAGGUCAUUGUCACCCGGGAUACCGAGGAACGCGCUGUCAAUUCCGUAAAAUAGGUUUGCGUUCGCAACCUGCAAACUCCUGUAAGGACAUUCGGGACUCAGGAAACUCAAGAGGAGACGGGGAGUACUGGAUCGACCCUGAGAAGACUGGAAACCCUUUGAGAGUCUUUUGUGACAUGACAACUGACGAAGGAGGCUGGCUUCUUGUGUCAAAUUUUGUAAUCGGCAACCCAUCCUUCCCACAAGUGAAGCUUGAGACUUCGUACCAUGGAAUCAGCGAUUGCCUAGAAAACAACACAUUUCUGAAGAAAACAGCGGUAGAGGGACUGAUGACACAUAUGCCUUUCACUCAGCUGAGAUUCCAUUGUAGCAAAGUGCGGGGACGUACGUUUCACGUGACCACGGCUGCUAACAGCUCAGGUGAAGCGGUAGUCCAGUACCUCAGUGGUCAGACGAAUGACAAGCCCGACUCCUGUGGGUCGUUUGUGAGAAUGGAAGAUGACAACUCCAAAUUGGCAGAAAUGUGUGACCAAUGGAAAGGUGGUAAAGGAGAAGGAGCUCCAUUGGGUAAAUGGGGAGAAGACUCAUUAUAUGAUCACACUGUCUUUGUGCAUUUCUCAGGACACUGGUUGUUACAAACGGGAAGAUUUGAAUGUGAUGACUUCAAUCGUGUGGAAAAGUUUGUUCAAUUGUCGUCAGGCGAUUUUUGGAAGGUUUUUGUGCGUUAG